UUCCUUAUUCUCAGCAAAAUCUGACUUUUCUUCUUUCUCAUUAGGCAACCUAGUACGACAUUUAGAACGAUAAUGAUCAAAUUUAUGGUAACGAUAACAUUCUACAUUUGAUUUGUCAAAAUCUCUCCCUCCUGCUUUUGCCGUAGUCAUCAUUGGCUCUAAAAUUCCUGAUGCCAUCUUUGCUGCACCCAUCUCUGCCCUCGAUCUGAGAUGCAUUUUCUUUAUAAUUACUUUUAUGGACAAAUAUACUAAUAUGGUGGCACAUGUUGGUUCUUCUGUUAACAAUAUGACAAAAUUUGUUUGUCAUUUUUAGGCAACAAAUUCUUGUAUCACAGACCAUUGUUACAUGCAUAGACUGCUCGUUUUCUUCCUCAGUUGUUAUCUUUUUAGUUGCUUUCCAUCACUGUUUUUAGUUGUAUGGAGAAUGACUCUCAGAAAGGGCAUAAAAUUAAAGAUAUAGAUCAGUUUCUUGAAUCUGGGAAGAAGUAAUUUCCAUUAGUCUUCAGUUGGUUUGAAAUACAUGCCUUUGUGCAUGCAGAUACUAUAAUUUUCAUGAAUAAAUUAACGUAUCUGAACUUUCUACUCAUUCUGUGUCAUUAUUCUCUUAUAAGGAUUGUUGUGACCGCUUUCAAUUAGCCAAAAUUUGACCAAAAACGAUUUGAGUUGAGCCGAGCUAAAAUAUAGGGGGCUGAGCCCCAAGCCAGGUUGGUUCGUUGCGCAGGCAACUGAUAUGAUACUUGACAUUACUAUGAUGGAUUCUGAAGCUAAUGAAAUGCAACAUAAACAAGAACGCUUGAGAACAAGAUGGACACCCUCCCUGGACAAGGUUUUUGCUGACCUUGUUGUUGAGCAGAUUAAGCUGGGGAACCGUCCGAACAAUGUCUUUGAUAAGAAAACUUGGAAUUAUAUACGUGAUGAAUUUAACAGACAGACAAAUCUUCAUUUCAAUAACAACCAACUAAGAAAGCACCUUGAUGUGUUGCGAACUCGUUAUUACAACCUUAAAUCUGCUUCUGAUCAAAAUGAUGCUUUGGACGAUUCUUGCUACAUUGGUUUUGACCUAUGGGAAGACAUCGGGGCUCAGCCGAAGCCUGAAUCGAGCAAAACCAAGGAGUGCCCUAUCUAUGAGCAGCUGUGCACAAUAUUUGCUGACUCGGGAGCUGAUGGGAAGUAUGCCCAAUCAAGUCACUAUGAAGGGCUGGACAAAUCUGCUGGGAUAGAUAUCUCAUUUAAAGAAAGUGGCAACUUGGUUCCUCCUUCAUCAUCAACUCCUUUAAACACUGCUGCUACUUUACAACAAACUACAACAAGGACUGUAGCUGGUAAAAAGAGAAAGUGUCCAUCAGAUAUAGUUCCUGCUUCAGGCCAGAACUGCGGGGAUAGAGAGAUAAUUGAUGCUAUGGCAGAAGCGAUGGGGGAGAUGAUUGCUGCUUCAAAGUUUCAGACAGUUGUAAUGCCUCAAGUUGAUGGUAGAUUUACAAUCCGUAAAUGUAUCAAAGCUUUGGAUGAGAUAGAAGGCGUUCCAGAAAAUCUUUACUAUGCAGCUUUGGAUUUAUUCGACAAUCCCAGUCUAAGGGAGAUGUUCAUUUGUCUUAACAGCAGCAGCAUGAAGCUGACAUGGCUGCAGGGGAAAUGUACUAAUCUUUCUUCAUUUAUCUAGCCUUUCCCCCUGGUUUACAAUUUUAGAGGUUGUACCCAUUUUAUCUAGCGAAUUUUUUUUGGAAACUCUAUACAUAAAUUCCUAUGGCCUGCUUGUAGUUACCAGCAUGGGACAGGUAAAUAGAAUAUAGUUAAGGUAGCAGCAUGCAUUUGGAGUUUUGGUAAGGCAUUGUUGGAAACUAAAGCUUGACAUGUUCAUAGAGCCCCGCUUAGCAGGUUAGCGAUUCUAUUUUCUCUUGCAAAGAAUGUUUUGAAUGGAAGACAUUUCUACUUUGAAUGAUAUGUUGGCAACUACACAUUUCAUUUCAUUCAUUACAAAGGGUACAUGUUUUAAAGUUA